AUGUCAAGGCCAGGUAUGUAAACAAUCCAAAUAAAAUUUCAGCCAAAAUUACAAGUUUACAGAAGAACAACCAUUACAACCUGGCUAUCCUGUUCAACAAGGUAAAACUAUCGAUUCUCUCUUCUUUUUUUCUCCUCGUGUUUUGGUUGUUGUUGUUUUUUUUCGAAUGUCGAGAAAGAGAGAAAGAAAAAAAGAUGAAAAGGGAUAAAGAAGAUUGAAGAGAGGACGAGAGAAAACAGAAGGCGUUGCUAUUUGGACGAUUUCAUAAUCUUCGCUGAAUUUUCCCUCUCCUUUCUGUGUGGCUGAUGGAUAAUUUUCUUCUAGAAAUGUCCUUUUGGCUUUUACUCAAAGUGUUUAUUGCGAAACAAACUUAUCGAUUUUGAAGAAAGUUUUCGUUUUUUCUUUUGUUAGUCAUCGCGAUGUCUAAUUGCUUUAUAUAAGUUUUAUUCAAAAAUAUUCUAUUCAAAAAUGAUUGAAAACGCUGUCAAAGGAACAUUUUCGAGCUUUCAUUUUUAUUUUCUGACGAAAUGCAUUUUGAAAUACGUGUUAUUACUUUGACCAUGGUCAAAUAAAUAAUGCUUUGCUGAAAUUAUUCUGAAGCGAUUCAUAGGUUUUCGGUAUCAAAACUUUUUUGAAACUUUCAAUGUUUUGCUUUAUGUUUAGAAGAAGUUUUUACUACUAUUAUACCAUGAUCAAACGGUCAAAGAAUUUCAGAAUUUAUACGUUCGCGUAAACUUUUCGAUCUUCUUCUCAUUUACUCCUCCCAACUUAACAAAACACAACUCAUAUGAUUUCGCAAUAACUCAAAUCAAAAUAUUAUUUGAUUUUUAGUGACGAUAUUUGCUCGUUUCCUUGACAACAAUCAGGCGCUUCUAGAACUUCUCUAUAUCUAACUGAUAAAUGCAAAAACAAUCCGCUUUUAUUUUUGAUUUGCUUUUCUUUCUGUGUUCCCCCUAUUACCUUCCUUUGUCAUUCGCCUCCUUUGUUAUUAUUCCUUAUUUUCAUGCUUUUUCGUUGGAGGAUUUCCGGUUAUUUUUUGAUUUUUCUAGGCAUGUCUUAUCCUCAGCAACCGGGCUACAAUCCAGCCUAUCAAAAUCCAUAUAACAAUCAACAACAAGGCCAACAAGGUGGGCAAGGCGGAAACACUGCCUUUUUCCCGCCGCCACCACCAAUGCCACAUUUUACACCACAAAUGAUGGAAAAUGGACAAGGUGGACAGCAAGGAAAUGGAGAUUCGAAAUAUUCAUUCCAAUUCAGUGAUCAAACUAUCAGAGCUGCAUUUGUCAAAAAAGUCUUCUCUUUGGUCUUUAUUAUGGUAAGCUUUUGCUAUUUUUAUAUGAAAAAAAUUGGUUAAAGGUCACACUUUUUAAUCUGCUUUCUUGGAAAACUAGAACAAUUCAUCACUAAAAAAACUGAAGAAAAAUCAUUAAAAGAUGAUAAGAUUAGAUUUUUCGAACGGUUUUCUUGUUCCUUGUCUGAUUUUUGAGAAAAUGAAAAAGAGAUGAAUCAUAGGAAAAAUAAUAAAAAGUACAAUAGAUGUAGAAAUACUUACAGAAAAUUGGAGGGGUUUUGAAAGAAUUUGAACUUUGAAGAAAGAAAUGGCGAAUGAAUUUCAAAAAGAUCACGUUAAAAAUUUGAAAAAUGUUAAUUAAAAAUCAAUUUUCGGCAAAGUUUGAUUCUGGAAUUUCAAAAGAUGCCUUUUCAGAUCUAACAGUUCUUUUGGUUUAUAUUAUAAUUUCUACAGAAUUCCGAUUUUCGAUUCAUAAUCCUCCGAGUUUUCCAAUAAUCCCUGAACUCUCAAAAAAGUCAGAAUUAUGAAUUUGAUCAUUUUUAAUCCUGAUUUUUUUAUUCAAAAAACACGAAUUCUCGGAAAGUUUGAUCGAAUUAUCUUAUUUCUAUGAAAAUUUCCAAAUUUUGAAGAAAUAUUAGGCUUACAAAAAAAACUACCCGCCCAAAUCGAAAUUUUGAUUCGAGCGUGAAUUCAAAAUUUCCAAAAUGAUCCCCCCCCCCACCUCGAAAAAUUUUUCCAAAUUUCAUGAUCUCCCCCUCACAGUUUUGGGAGCAGUGCCAUGUAUGGUCUAAAAAUCAUUUUUAUUUUCAGCUCACAGUCGUUACCGCUGUCACCGCAAUUCCAUGGCUCCAUCCACCAACAAUGAAAGCUGUCAGAUACAAUAUGGGCAUAUAUUUUGGUGGAUAGUAAGUCACAUCCAAAAAUAUUUCAUGUAUUCUCAACAAAACAUUUUCAGCGCCGUCUUCCUCAUCACUUAUUUGUCAUUGAUGUGUUGUGAAGGAACUCGCAGAAAGUUCCCGUUGAAUUUGGUCGUCACUGCAAUCUUUGUGAGUUUUUUUAAAAUAUUUUCAUAAUAUAAUUUGAAACCUGAUUCAGACCUUGUCAACAUCUGUAAUGACAAUGGUUUUGUGUGCUCAUCACAAUUUGGAUUCGAUUUUGAUGGCGUUGGGGAUUUGUGUCAUUUGCACUUUGGGAAUUAUUGUUUUCGCCAGUCAAACCAAAUUUGACAUCACUGCGUGAGUUUUUAGUUUUUUUUUUGAGCUCGGACAAAUCUCAGAGCUGUCUAGAACCUACAUCUAGAGAUAUGUACAAUCUGACAAGGAACCCUGCUAGAAAAAAACAGAAACAUUUGAAUUUUUUAUGUAUUACGUGAAAAUUUAGGAAUCAUUCGAAAAUUUAGGGACUGAAAUGCUGAAGCAUGAAAUUGUUCUACUGAAAAUUUACAAAAUUUUUCAAAGCUCAAAUUUUUGCAGUCACAUCGGUUACAUCGCAAUCGCCUCAUUCUGUUUCUUGGGUUUAGCAAUGGUCGCAGUAAUCUGCUCGUUAUUCUUCCAAAUCAAAUUCAUAAUGCUUCUCUAUGCAUUCUUUGGAUCAUUGUUGAUGAUGGUUUAUUUGAUGUUUGAUAUUCAAAUGUUGAUGGGAGGCAGAAAAUACGAACUCUCGCCAGAAGACUACAUUUUUGCGGCCGUUCAAAUCUUCAUGGACAUUGUUCAAAUGUUCUGGUAUCUUUUGUCGUUGUUCGGAAACAGGUAGGGUUUUUUGAAAACAUUUGCAAAAAAAAAACAAUAAUGAAAACAAAACGGAAGAGAUUUUCAGCGACUAAACUGAAUUUCUACUGAAAUAAUUGGUAAGAUUCUGAAAAUUUCUAGAUCAAAAUGGGUAAAUUUUGGAUCGGACCUGAAGAAUUUUCAGGAUUUCUGAAUUGGACCUGGUUCAGAGGUUUCCUCAACGAAAAUAUUUAGACAUUCUGAAAAUUACAUCAGAUUCCCAUCAGAUUCAAAAAAUUUCUCAUCAAAAUGUUGGUUUUUUUGUGAAGCACUCCACUUCUUCCUAACACUUUUCUCCCCAGCUUGGGAUUUAGAUUUAGCUACAAAAAAUUGUCCAUUUCAAAAAAUCUCGUUUUUUUUUCAGCCGAUAG